GUGAGUUGUCACAAUUUUACAUACUUCUGAUCCUAGCUUCUGUCCACGUAUUGGGUUAUCAUGGUAUAUGCAAUUUAGUCUGAAGCUUAAGGUUCGAUAUUUACACCAUUUAGUUGUUUUUUCGAAGUAUACUGUUUCAAUUAAACAAGUUUUGUGCGUUGUUUACUGGAAAUGUGAGUGGAGAUGCGAAUUAGAAUUCUAUGAUUUUUUUUCAUAGGAUUAGAAGCAUAUAAUAUCAAACAACCAGAAAAUGUCUCUUUCGGAGGGAUCUUGCUAUACUAUUAUUAACGCUCAAGAAACUGAGCCUUACAAUGAAAUGCAGCUGAAAAUGGAUCUUGAAAAAGGCGAACUGAAUGUCAAAAUAGAUACUUUAAAAAAAGUUAUUCAACUUCUUCUAAAUGGGGAACGUCUUCCCAGUUUAUUAAUGACUAUUAUUCGGUUUGUUCUACCGCUGCAAAAUCACACUAUCAAAAAACUGUUACUUAUAUAUUGGGAAAUCGUCCCGAAGACAUCUUCAGAUGGUAAACUGUUACAGGAAAUGAUUCUGGUUUGUGAUGCAUAUCGAAAAGACUUGCAGCAUCCUAAUGAAUUUCUCAGAGGAUCAACAUUGCGAUUUUUGUGUAAACUGAAAGAACCGGAACUGCUGGAACCACUAAUGCCGGCAAUACGUGCAUGUCUUGAGCAUCGUCACUCAUACGUCAGAAGAAACGCAGUGUUGGCUAUAUUUACCAUUUACAAAAAUUUUGAAUGGCUUGUUCCUGAUGGUCCUGAGCUGAUUGCUAAUUUUUUGGACACCCAACAAGACAUGUCAUGUAAGCGCAACGCUUUUCUCAUGCUACUUCAUGCUGACCAAGAAAGAGCUUUAAACUAUUUGGCUUCGUGUCUCGAUCAAGUAAAUAAUUUUGGAGAUAUUCUUCAACUUGUAAUUGUUGAGCUUAUCUACAAGGUGUGUCAUGCAAAUCCUUCAGAACGAUCACGUUUCAUUCGUUGCAUUUAUAAUUUGUUGAACUCUAGUUCUAAUGCAGUUCGUUAUGAAGCUGCUGGAACCUUAGUAACACUAUCAACGGCUCCAACAGCAAUUAAAGCAGCAGUCAGUUGUUAUAUCGAGUUAAUUAUAACUGAAAGCGAUAACAAUGUAAAAUUAAUCGUCUUGGAUCGUUUAAUUGCGCUGAAGGAGAAUGAAAAUAUGGAACGUGUAAUCCAGGAGCUUGUGAUGGACAUUCUAAGAGUUUUAUCUGCGACUGAUAUUGAAGUUCGUCGUAAAACUCUAACACUUGCCAUGGAACUAGUUUCUUCUAGAAAUAUCAAAGAGAUGGUGUUGGUGUUGAAGAAGGAAGUUUCCAAAACUCAUAACAUUGAACACGAAGAUACCGGUAAAUAUCGUCAACUGUUGGUGCGCACUCUACAUAACUGUUGCAUUAAAUUUCCCGACGUUGCUGAAACAGUUAUUCCCGUGUUAGUUGAAUUCCUGUCUGAUUCAAAUGAAUUAGCGGCUGCAGAUGUGCUUAUUUUUGUGCGAGAAGCUAUUCAAAAAUUUCCUCAUUUGCAAUUACAUGUUAUUGAAAAACUUUUGGAAGCCUUUCCUGCUAUAAAAUCCCCUAAAAUUCAACGAGCUGCACUAUGGAUUCUAGGAGAAUAUUCUAAUACAGUAAAAGACAUUUUGGAUGUGAUGAACGUUAUUUAUCAGACCCUGGGUGAAGUUCCCAUUGUUGAGUCAGAGCAGCGUCGUCUUACUGGUGAAGAGAACGAAGUAGACAGAGCCCAUAAUGAAGUUUCAGCAGGUGUCCCUAAUAAUAAAGUUACUUCCGAUGGAACUUAUGCUACACAAAGUGCGUUUAGUGUGGCACCUAUAUCAAAAAAAGUGGAACGCCCACCUCUACGGCAAUAUCUAAUGGAUGGAGACUUUUUCAUUGGUGCUACACUUGCCUCCACGUUAACUAAGCUCGUAUUACGAUAUGUUGAACUUGAGCCCAAUGAAAAGAAACAAAAUCGUCUCUGCACCAGUGCCAUGCUAAUAAUGAGCUCUAUCCUGCAUCUGGGUAAAUCAGGAUUGCCUGCAAAAGCCAUUACUAACGAUGAUCGUGAUCGUAUUUUUCUGUGUCUCAAAACACUUAGUCAACGAACGCCGGAAAUUGUACAAAUAUUUAAACAAUCUUGUCGCGUUGCUUUGGCAAAUAUGUUAAUUGCGCAGAAUGAAGAAGAGCAACAAAUGCAAAAAGAGAAACAACAAGUUGCAACUAAAAUUCAGCCCGAUGAUCCGAUUUCUUUUACGCAAUUGGCUAACGGAAGAAACGAUCAGUUAGGUGAAAAUGUUUUCGAAUCGAGUUUAAAUCAAGCUCUUGCUGGAAUCAAAAACACAUCUAUAACUGGUGUGGCUUCAUCUGGUAAUAAACUAAACAAAGUUACCCAGUUGACUGGAUUUUCGGAUCCGGUUUAUGCUGAGGCCUAUGUCCAUGUAAAUCAGUACGAUAUUGUCCUGGAUGUGCUGGUUGUCAAUCAAACCAAUGAUACAUUACAAAACUGUACCUUGGAGCUUGCAACUGUUGGUGACUUGAAGCUGGUUGAAAGACCACAUCCGGUAGUACUAGCCCCACAUGAUUUUUGUAAUAUCAAAGCGAAUGUGAAAGUAUCAUCGACAGAAAAUGGAAUAAUUUUUGGCAAUAUUGUGUACGACACCGUAGCAUCAAAUGUAGUCGUUCUUAACACAAUCCAUAUUGACAUUAUGGACUAUAUUCUGCCCGCAAGUUGUACAGAUACUGAGUUUCGUGCAAUGUGGGUCGAGUUCGAAUGGGAAAAUAAGGUAUCGGUGAAUACAACGUUGACUGAUUUGCAUGAAUAUCUGAAAAUGUUGGUUAAAUCAACUAACAUGAAGUGCCUCACACCGGAAAAAGCUCUCUCCGGACAGUGUGGAUUUAUGGCUGCCAAUAUGUACGCAAGAUCCAUUUUUGGAGAGGACGCUUUAGCCAACUUGAGUAUUGAGAAACCAUCGCGCUCGGACGCCCCAGUUACAGGGCAUAUAAGAAUACGUGCUAAGAGUCAAGGAAUGGCCCUUAGUUUAGGCGAUAAAAUCAAUCACACACAGAAGUGUCUACAAGAGAAGCUCGUUAUUGCUUGAAAUUGUUUGCAAAAUCAGUUAAAAUAUAUGGAUAUUCCUAUUUAACCCAAUUAUUAGAUUACCAAUUCUAUAACCAUUAUAUUAAUAAGUGUAAUAAUAAAAAAAAUUCUCCGUA